AUGCCUUACAAUGCCAGAUCAAAGGAUCUCCCUGAAUCGGUUGCUAAAGGUGGGCUAGAAGACCCCCGAGCCUCCUACCAAGCAUUUUUCAAACAGCGAAUGACUUGUCGAGACGUAAAGGAUUUCAUAUCCAACACAUCAGAAUUUUCGCCUUUAGAACCCGGAUCCAACAGGACACCUCACCAGGACAAACGAAGCAGCAAGAGCCAGACCAAACUCGAUGAGAUUUUUUCUCGUGCCAAGGAGAUUGGAAAACCUGGCGCCAAACAGAAUGCAGGACAACCUUUGUCGGAUCUCGUCCCGGGGCUAGUCACUACUGGUGGUUUGAGUCGAUCUCCUGCUUUUGAUUGUCUGCCUGUGGUAUCUCAUUGGGCUGAGCGUACCGGUGAAUCUUCGGCCGCAGAUCCUGCUGUCACCGUCUGUCUAUCAUCGACGUGGGAGAGCAUUCAUGUUAUUGGAGAAGGAGCCACCAUGCAAUCUCCACUCGGAGCACCUUGCUGGUCGCUCAAGACUCACGGCAUCUCGCCAGUCGACGCAGAGUCGAGUAAAUUCUCUCAGAAAUACGUAGCCGAAAGCAAGACCUUGGUCACGACUGUCGCUUUGGCUCGUCGAGUCGAUACUCCUUUGACCGGAGGAGUUUUGAGCGCGGCUGCUGGUAUAUCUUGGAUGCGAAAUACACGCGUAGCAGAUGCCGUCGAUUGUGCAGUGGGGUUACUUUCCGACGCUGCAGAACUCUUGACCGCACGUAACAAGUUACUAGAAACAGGGAAAACACAGCGUCUUCCAUUUGCCGAGGUGCAAGAGGUACUUAUGCCCAGUUGGUGCUCAGUGCGUAAACCUCUUCCUCCAAAGUUGAGUGGCGUGGCGCUCUCAAAUGAUCGGGCUACACUCGAUGUUUUCACACGUGAAGAGUGCGAGGGGCCGCUACUCAACACCAGUGUCUUUUCAAUGGCGAUUGGUUACAAUCGUGGUGUCUAUGGUGGAUCCAUCUCCGGAUUAUGGGCAAUCAUGGAUUCAGCCUUCGUUCUCGAUUAUUCCAUUGGAAAAGAUAGCCCGGAAAUGGCGGAUAAAUUGGCUUUCAGCUUCGCUGAAGUAGCAGCUGUUGCCGAAACCUCCGUGUCCGCAGGUCCACAUAUCACAGACAUUCGGGUUGUCAAGGGGUGCAAUUAUUCAUGUUUACGCCAGAAAGCAAUAAUUGAAGAUGAUGACCCAGGGCGCUCCCGCCCGUGUAUUGUCGUGUGGAGUGACUUAGCCCGAUUAGCACGUUAUAAGCUUGCAGAUGCCGUUUUCUGUCAUGUAUAUUACGAUGCAGGUGGCGGGGAACAGAUGGCGGCAAUUGCAGGGCUAGGAUGCGUGGCACACGAUUGGAUUGAUCUAGGAGCCGAUGUGGCAUGCGGCGAAGUUAGCAAUAUCAUUCCUUCAUUAACAAGGGGAUCAUUGGAGGAGAAGCCACUCGCCGAAGUGUACUCGCGUCUGACGGGUGCAAUGAUCUGGUAUCGCGAUAAUGAUCCAUAUAACCCCGCAGCUCUCUGCCUUUUGUUCACCCACUGGUGGCAACUUGCCAACUGUCGCCACAGACCCAUCACCCUUCUUGGCCGGACCGAUCUUGAUGUCGACAAGUCUAUUGUCGCCACAAUUCCAGGUGCAAGACCAUCACUAGAGCAUUUCCGAGCCUCUGGCAUCGAAAUAGAACGCAGCCCACGAGCCCUAGCCAAUGCUGAGGCACGGCUCCAAUCUAUUAUUUCCUCAGGUCCUUUGCCAGAAACCCAGGCUGUCAUUGAUCUCCUCGUUAGUCCUGUUCUUGCAUACGUCAAAGGUGGAGAUCACCUUCCAUUGGAGAAUGAAUAUGUUGGAGCUGUCCUCGCGGCGGAAAUAGCUUAUCCUCAUGGUCAAAAGAUUAUGGAGUUGUGGGAUUUGGCAAUUGUCAUGUGGGAAUGCGGAGCUAUGUGGGGGGCAGGAGUGGCCGGGCUUGCGUAUACACAUAGUGGUCGUUUGAACUGUGAUAGGGCUCGCGAUGACUUGUCGGAAAGUACCUGGAGCUAA